UUGAGCCAUCUCCCCGGCCCCCUGAUUUGUUUUUUUUUGGGGGGGGUUAUAUACAAAAUGCAUUACCUUUGUAAUCAGAAAAUUGUAACUGAGAUUUCGGAAAACCUAACUUCUUUCCCUGCAGCAUUUGGCAGCCCCUGCCAGACUCAUUUCUGCACCCGCCUCACUUAGUCUAACACCGGGCUCGACGACGACACCGAGUAAAUGCGCGGGAGCAAAAGGGCUCUAUGAGGGUACAGACAACCAGAUCAUAUUUUCAGGUAAAUCCAAACAGCAUAUUAAUUGUUUACUGUCCUCUAUUUACAGACAAUAGCGGACAUAAAAUGCUAUUUUUCAAUGCAGCCACAGUAAGUCAAGUGCUUCGAAUACACUUAACCGUGGUCGCACAAAACCCGGAGGCAGGCCUCAAAGCCCACCCUCACCCGCAAAGUCCAGCUGCUUAGCCAAUGGGCUCGCGCUUCACGCCUGCGCUCCACAAGCUAGCGGCCAGUACGCCCCGCCCUCCCUAGGCCUGCAAGUCACUGCCUGGAGGCGGAAACAAGUGGGCGGGGCCCAAAGUAGACCCGCCCCGGAAGUAGGCGGACCGCCGCACCCCCCUCAGAUCGCCCCGCCGCCUUCCAGUCGGAUUGUGACUGAGGCCGGUCCUGGCUUUGUAGGUCGCUCAAGAUGGCGGCGCAGCCACCCAGCGGGAUCCGCCUCAGCGCGCUUUGUCCGAAGUUUUUACACACAAAUUCUACUAGUCAUACCUGGCCAUUCAGUGCAGUUGCUGAAUUAAUAGAUAAUGCUUAUGAUCCUGAUGUGAAUGCUAAACAGAUAUGGAUUGACAAAACAGUGAUAAAAGACCGAAUAUGCUUGACAUUUACUGAUAAUGGGAAUGGGAUGACAUCAGAUAAGUUACACAAAAUGCUAAGCUUUGGCUUCAGUGACAAAGUUACCAUGAAUGGUCAUGUCCCUGUUGGACUGUAUGGUAAUGGCUUCAAGUCAGGCUCUAUGCGCUUGGGUAAAGACGCAAUUGUUUUUACCAAAAACGGAGACAGCAUGAGUGUGGGCUUCUUAUCACAGACGUACUUGGAGGUUAUCAAAGCAGAACAUGUGGUUGUCCCGAUCGUCGCAUUCAAUAAGCACCGACAGAUGAUUAAUUUAACAGAAUCAAAAGCAAGCCUUGCUGCAAUUCUAGAACAUUCUCUGUUUCCGACGGAGCAAAAGCUGCUGGCAGAACUUGAUGCAAUUAUGGGUAAGAAGGGGACACGGAUCAUCAUUUGGAAUCUUAGAAGCUACAAAAAUGCAACAGAGUUUGAUUUUGAAAAGGAUAAAUAUGACAUCAGAAUUCCUGAGGAUUUAGAUGAGACCACAGGGAAGAAAGGGUACAAGAAACAAGAAAGGAUAGACCAGAUUGCCCCCGAGAGUGACUAUUCCCUGAGGGCUUAUUGCAGUAUAUUAUAUCUAAAGCCAAGAAUGCAAAUCAUCUUGCGUGGACAGAAAGUGAAGACACAGCUAGUUUCGAAGAGUCUUGCCUACAUUGAACGUGAUGUUUAUCGACCUAAAUUUUUAACUAAAACAGUGAGAAUUACUUUUGGAUUCAACUGCAGAAAUAAAGAUCAUUAUGGGAUAAUGAUGUAUCACAGGAAUAGACUCAUCAAAGCUUAUGAAAAAGUUGGAUGUCAGCUAAGGGCAAACAACAUGGGUGUUGGAGUAGUUGGAAUUAUAGAAUGUAAUUUCCUGAAGCCAACUCAUAAUAAGCAGGAUUUUGACUACACUAAUGAAUACAGGCUUACGAUUACAGCACUAGGAGAAAAACUGAAUGAUUACUGGAAUGAAAUGAAAGUGAAGAAGAAUGCAGAAUAUCCUCUAAAUUUGCCAGUUGAAGAUAUACAGAAACGUCCUGAUCAGACAUGGGUUCAGUGUGAUUCCUGUCUAAAGUGGCGAAAAUUACCAGAUGGGAUAGAUCAACUUCCAGAAAAAUGGUAUUGCUCCAAUAACCCUGACCCACAGUUCAGAAAUUGUGAUGUUCCUGAAGAACCUGAAGAUGAAGAUUUGGUACAUCCUACCUACGAGAAAACCUACAAAAAGAACAACAAGGAAAAAUUCAGGAUCAGACAGCCAGAAGUGAUCCCUCGAAUCAGUGCUGAGCUGCUGCACCGGUCACCUUCUGUGCCGAGUCAGAGCUUUUCUCCUGCAAAAGAAAGUCUUCCAAGAGCACAUCUUCCAGAAGUAGCCAAUUCUUACUCAACAAGACUUCUGAAUAAUCAUCGCAUCUCACCCCAGUCCGACCCUGAGAACAGCAGCCUAAAACGGAGAUUUUCUACUCGUUCCUCAAUUUUGAAUGCAAAGAAUCGGAGAUUAAGUAAUCCAACCUUUGAAAAUUCUUUUAAAAAUGAUGAUGAGGAUGAUGAGGAUGUCAUCAUCUUAGAAGAGAACAGCACUCCUAAGCCCGCUGUAGAACUUGGUGUUGAAGCUAAGCCAGAACCCAGCCACAUUAAACAAAGUGGCAUUCAGGUGAAGAUUGUGGAUGACACUGAGCCUCCUGGCCAGACUAGCUCCAGCUCUUCGUCUAGGUGUGAUCAGGGCAUGGCUGCAGCCACCCAGACUGAGCCUCCAAGUUUAGUUGUUAAAAAGGAAGAAACUGUUGAAGAUGAAAUAGAUGUAAGGAACGAUACGGUGGUGUUGCCUGUCUCUGUAGAUGCUGGGGCACAGCUACAGGACAACCAAGAAACCUUUGAACAGUCUGUAGAGAAUGCUGGCUGCCAGUUACAAGUACUAAGGAAUGAACUCCUUCUAGUCACCCAAGAAAAAGACCACUAUAAGAGACAGUGUCACAUGUUUACUGACCAAAUCAAAGUAUUACAAGAGAAGAUCCUAGAAAUGAAUGACAGAUACGUCAAGAAGGAAAUUUGCCAUCAGUCUACUGAAACUGAUGAUGCUAUGUUUUUAUUUGAAAGUGUUAAUGGCAAACCUGAAAGUCCAGACCAUAUGGUAUCUCAGUAUCAGCAGGCUUUGGAGGAAAUGGAAAGGCUGAAAAAACAAUGUAGUGCUUUGCAGCAUGUAAAGGCCGAAUGUAGUCAGUGUUGUAAUCUUGAGAGUAAAAAGGACCUGGACGAAAUGGCUGUGCAGCUUGAUGAUGUUUCUAAACAGCUGGACAAAUGCACUGUUGAGAGGGACCAGUACAAAACUGAGGUUGCUCUGUUAGAAAUGGAAAAAUCACAAAUUCAUUCCCAGUGUGAACAACUGAAAACAGAAAUUGAACAGUUAAAAUCUACAAGGCAACAAAUAGGACCAGAUGUUUCAACUUCAAGUAACAUUGAGGAGCCUGUAAACUACUUGGAUGGGGAAAGUCUCAAGCUUCGAUCUCUUCGAGUUAACGUGGGACAGCUGUUGACUAUGAUUGUGCCCGAUCUUGAUCUUCAGCAAGUGAAUUAUGAUGUUGAUGUGGUUGAUGAGAUCUUAGGACAGGUUGUGGAACAAAUGAGUGAAAUCAGUAGUACAUAAAGUACUACUUGUGAAAAUAUAAAACCUGUGCCCGGUUUUUUCACAUGUACAGCUUUCCAAAUGUAAACAGUCUUGUUUUAUAGUUAAAGUGUAAUAGGUCUGUCAUCUGACAGACUGCAGAAUCCUAAUUCUUACUGUAUUCUAUGCACAAAUGCUUUUGAAAUAAAUGCCUACAAAUGGUCGUAUGGAGCAGGCGAAUGGCUAAUUUAUGAUUAUUUUGAAUGUAAAUAUUUGUAAUUAACCCUAUACAUAUUUUUAUUGCUCGAAAGUCCUUCAGUGUUUCUCACCAAGAGCUUUUCAGGUUUUUGCUAAGCCUGGUGUAGUUUUUUUCUGGUUCCCAAAGUAUUUUUCUCUGAAUUGAUGGCUGUCCUAUAAUGCAAACACAAAACAUUACUACCUUUGAUUUUCUUAAAAAGGAAUUUAGGAUUUUUAAAUAAUAACAUCCCUGAUAAGUAUGUGCUUAUGAGGGAGUUGAACAUUAAUGUUUCUUUUUAUAAAUUCCUGUCUCUGAAAUGUUAAAAUAUGAUAAGCAUUGCCAUGAGUUUUCUUGUACUGAGAUUACCAACAGAUUUAAACACAAAACUUUUUAUAGAACAAAGAAAUGAACUUUAGAGUAUUGAAAAUAUUAAAUGAUUACCAAGUUUACUUUUGAAGCCCAUUUUUGGCUGUUUAUUCAGCAUUGAGUGGGCACUAUAAGUAUUUAAUAUUUCUUUUUGUGAAAUUUCUUGUACAGCCCUUUGUAGGAUUACUGCAGAUUAAUGUGAGUGAGAAAGGCAGUCUUUUUUGAGCAAUACUGCAUACCUUUGCUUAUACCACAAUCCUAAGUGUUUUAUAUCCUGGAGUUGAGGAGCAGACUGCCUAAGGAUUAUAGUAUUACAUGGCAGAAGAUAUGUUUUAUUGGUUCCAUGUUUGUGCAAUCCUAAAGAGAUGGCUUUCUAUUAAAUAUAUAACUCUGUAUAUAACUAAGAGUCAUAUUUUCCACAACUAAAGUAUGCAUUAUUUUUUCCAAAGGUUUAUCAUUGCUAUUUAUUUUUACUUUUGUUUCUGAAAGUUCAAUACAUACUCACUUUGUAUGUUUAAUUACAUGUACAUCAUAUAUAAUGAAUUUUUACUGUAUAAUACCUCAUGAAAGGAGCAAAUAAAUGGAGAUUGUUUUUAUUUGCUUGAUAAUUGGAAGUAUUUUUGGUAUGAAGCUGGGAUUCUGUCACAAUUUUAACUGGUCAAUUUUAAAAUACCUUGUAAUAAAAAUAUACAAUGGAUAAUUCUUCA